GCUCUCCUUUGUCUGCCUCGCCUCCCGAUCCCAGCCGCCAGAAGGCGCCCCACCCUGUGCGACGCUCGAUCUGGUGCAGCGUCGGCCGUCGGCCGCGCCCGACCCAGCCAUCGUUCGUCGCCAGCACCUGCGGAUCCGGCUACCCCAUACUACCCUGAACCCUGAACCCCUUCGAUCCCCAAUACUACCCCACCCCAACCAUCGCUCGCUAAAUUUUCUGUGACCGUUUGCUCGGAUUUGCAGGUCGGACGAGCUCGUUGCCCACAUUGCGCAGUUGCCGCCGGCUGCGGAUAUUGUUCGCACCAUGGAUGAGAUCUCCAACACCGUUUGCUCAGUCAUUGAUUCGGCGGAGCUGUGCAGGAACACACACCCAGAUAGGGAGUUUGCGAAGGAAGCAGAUAAGCCAUCGAUGAGGAUUUACGAGCAUCUUCAACACCUGAACACAAAUACUACUUUAUACAAUGCGAUAGUAAAAGCUGAGAGUGAAGGUGCCCUGCUCUUAGAGGAAUCUCGGAAGGCAGCAAAUAACUUGCGUGCCGACUUUGAGAAAGGAGGGAUUCAUCUUCCUAAAGAUAAACUCGAGCGUGUUAAUCAGCUGAACCUUGCAAUUGCGCAUCUGGGUAGAAAGACCAGACAGACGCAACACCCGGUCUCCGCCUACCCCAAUCCACUUCAGUCGUCGCCCCCAACCCACCAUGAGGAUGCAGAACUCAGGCAGUGCUGGUCUGGGCCUUCGGGUCUUCGUUGAUCUUGGCCAAACACUGGACCGCUGGAUCGAGAGGCUUCCAUUCCAGUAGAAGAGGCAGGUUGUCAAGAAAUCUUUUAUAAAGGAAAGAUGGGUCCCAGGGAGGGACAUGGAUGCUGCUGGAUUUGAGGUUGUCUUGGGUAUUUAAAUGAGAUCAGCUGGAUUCCAGGAGAUAUUAAAGGAACGAUGAAUUUCAGGAAUAAAAUGAAUUAUAAGUUGCAUCCUCGGUAGAGAUCGGAAAAACAAAAGCAGCAUAUCACCAUUCAAUCGAUUUGGUGUAUUCAUCUACGUGCUUGUGUGUUCCAGCUGGCUGCAUAGAUCAAUCAGCAUGUGCAUGUUCAAAAACCAAACCGAGCCAAAGGCACUGUAAAGCCCAGAAACUAUUGGUCAUGUUUUGAACUUUCGUAAUGUUGAUUGGCA